AAAAAAAAAAGCAAUAAAGAACUAAAAGUAAAACUUCACACUCGGUAUGAUAAUUGAUAAUAUAUUGUGGCAUGUCAUUAUAAAGGUUAAGUAUGUACUGGUUUUAUAGAUUUUCGUAAAAUAUACGAUUAGAAAAUGAGGGAUGACAUAAAAGAAGAAACAAGUAAUUGGCAUAUAGGUUUCAAUAAAAAGAGGGGAACUUUAAUUUUAGAAAAUAAUUGGAGAUUAGGAAGGUAAGUAGGUACAUCACUAACAUUAGGACAAGUUCUCUUCAAGAAAUAUGGCAACCUAGGCGAUAGGAAAGAAAUUCGACCGGAAUGGUUUCAGACAAAGAUUACAUAUUAUACCUAAUAUUAUAAUACAAUAAUUAAAUUUUAAUAUAAUAAUUAAAUUAUAAUAAAUUAAUACAAUUAUAAUAUUAAAUGGUUAACAAUGUGGACAUGAAGUAAAGUGGGUAGAUAGUAGGAUACUUACCUAGUACCUACUGUAGUAGUAAAUAUUACUUAUAUUUUAUAGAUAUAAUGCAAGAUAAAGAUAUAAAAUGAUAGUGACCAAAUAUUUGUUCUUAUCACGUAUUUCGCGUAAAAUUGAUUAUUUAAUUCAUAUUUUGGUGAAAGUUGUCCCUAUUAAGAUAGUCAAUUUAUACAGUAAAAUACUAGUGAAAUACCUACAUUUUACACAGUUAUUGUUCUAAUUGUUAAUUAUUAUUAUAAAUUAAUAAAAGUUAUUACAUGGUUAUUGAUGAUUAGUAUAAGGUACACUUGUAUUAUGUAUUAAACAUGUAUCGUAUUAAAAUUUAAUUUUUUUAUAAUUUUUUUAGAUGAUCUUUAUUUUGGUAUUAGUACUUAUGAUAAAUAGUAACAAUUUUUCCUUUGACAAAUAAAUAAAUAAUUGAUUUGAAUCGAAUGAAGUAUAAAUUUAAAACUUUUUUGUUUUCAAUUUUUAGAUAUGCAUUAAUUAAUAAUAUUUAUUAAGAUGGAGGAUAAAGACAUAACAUUUAUUUUACAACUUGGGUUAAUUCGUGACACAGUCACAAUAAAUGCAUCUCAUAUUACUUUAAAAACCUUAAAAGAAGCGGCUUGUGAUUUUGUCAAUAUAAAAGUUAGUAUUGGACAAUUUACAUUUAAUUCACAACUACAAAUUUUGUUGGUAUUACCAUCUAAUUUGUAUAUAUUUUUUUUAACUUUUAGUUUUUAUUGGAAACUUAUCUCUUUUUUGUCUUUAAAAUGUCUAGAAUACAAUUGAUUGAUUACUGUAAUAUUCUUAUUUCUCAAUGAGAUUUUUGUUUGUGUUUAGUAUUUACUUUUUAAUUAUUAUUUAGCAAUAAGUAUAAAUAUGUUAAUUUUUAGUGUCCUGAACAUGGUUUAACUAGAUUAGCUGAAAGAAUUAUACUUUUUCGUCAUAACUAUUCAUGUGAUCAAAUUCUUGUACCAAUUAACAAUGUUAUUGAUGUAUGUGAUGAAACUUUAAUUGAAAUUGUACUUACUGGUAAUUCUAGAUAUGUAUAUUUAUAUAUUAGAUUAUUAAUUUUAAUUAAUUUUGUUUAGGUUUUUAUAUAAUUGUUUUUAAAUAUUUGUAGGUCAAUUACUAUCAGAAGAAGAUGAAAGUGUAGUUAUUAAAACUCACACAUUAGUAGUACAUUCAUACAAAACACCAACAUUUUGUGAUUAUUGUGGACAAAUGUUAUUUGGAAUUGUACGACAAGGUUUAAAAUGUUCAGGUAUUUGAUAAUGAUCCAUAUAAAUUUCUUAUAACUAGUAGUUUUAAUUUGUAUCAUUGUCUAAACAUUAUAAUAUUAUUAUCAUUUUUCAUUUAAAUAAAAAUUAAUUUAUUAAUAUUUUUUUGUAUAAUUUUAUAUAAUAUGUUAAUUAGGUUGCAAUUUAAAUUUCCAUAAACGAUGCGUUGUAAAGUUACAUAAUGAUUGUGGUAAUACAAAGUAUAAGUAUAAAAAUAAGACAAAUAGUUCUAAUUUGAAUCUUUCACUACACAGUCCAUCAAAUAUUUCUGAAGAAUCAGUAUGUUCAAUUUUUUUUUUGUAUAUUAUUUUAGUAUAUCUAUAUAAUCAAAUUAUUUAAAUUUUUAGGGAAUUGGGGGAAAUUUAUUAAGUGUACCCAUUAGAGGAAAAAAUCGGUCACCCUCACCUGUUAAGAUACCACAUAUGUUUGUAGUACAUACAUAUACUAGACCCACAAUAUGUCAAUAUUGUAAGAAAUUGCUUAAAGGAAUUUAUAAACAAGGUGUCCAGUGUAAGGAUUGUCAUUAUAAUGUACACAAAAAGUGUAUGGAAUUUGUGCCAAAAAAUUGUAACAGUGAUUUUAAUACAACUGAAUUAAAUGGUUAGUCAAUUUUUUUUUAAUAUUAUAAUAUGAGUUAUUUGAAGAAUAUAUUUUAAGCUGUUAAUUAAAAUUUGUUUAAUACUUUAUUAAACAAAUUAUAUAUGUAACAAGUGUAUUGUUACUAAACCAAAUUAAUUAAUCAAAAUGGUAUAUUUAGAUAAUAAUAUAAACAACGAAUAUGAUCAUGAAUGUUCUGGCAAUAAAUGUGAUGAUGAUAGCGAUAGUGAUCCUCCUUCUCUACCACAUAUUCCACCAAUGGUAAGAGAAGUUGCACAUAAUACAUAAAUAAAGCCAUAUACAAAUAUUAAAUAAUAAUGAGUAUUAAGAUAUGAUAUGGUUUUAUCCAUUAUAUCAUUGACUAUACAAUAUACAGAUGGCAACCACUAAAUAGAGGCAGGACAAGAUGUGUGAGGAUAUAUAUUGUCAUCCAUCUAUGACAAAGGGUAUCACUAUCUUUACAUCUUAACUACUCUAAUACUACUCUAAUAGUCGUCAAAUACUAUUAUUGCAUAGGCUAUUUGUAUAUUAUAUAUAUAUAUAUAAUCAAUGGUUAUGUGAGUCAUCGAUAUAAUUAACCAUAUCCAAUUCAUUAUUAUUCUAUGUAUAUUCAAUGAUGUGAAUGGACUUGCCACAAUUUUUGUUUAAAUUAUUGUAUACAAUUACAGUAUAUUGUUUGCUUCUAAAAUCUCAUAUAUCUUUCAUAUUUUAUGAGACUGUAGAAUUGCACUAUUUGUAAUAACAUUUGAAAUUUAAUUGAAAGAGGUUCUAUAAUUUUGAACUAUGAUUCAUUUUUGUAUUAAAUGUUUUAUAUUUAAUCUAUUUUAAUGGGUUGUUUAUCAUCAUGAAAUGACUAUCAAAUGCAUUUAGUAUAUUUUAUGAUUACAAUAAGUUUUCAUGUUGAUCAUUAAAAAACAUUUAUAUAUUUCAUAGUGAAAUCUACUAUCACAUACAAUUUGGAAGACUGUAUAUAUGCAAACAACUAUAUAAAUAUUUAUUUAUAAUAUUUGUACUAUUUGAAUAAUUUAUAGGAUAUGGCAAUAGGACAUAUUACAGAAAAUACUCAAGAUGAUUUAAAUAAUAUUAGGUAAAAUUUAAUCUACUCUAAUCAUCAUAAUUUAAAAUAUAGAUUUAUUAUACUUUAUUUAUUUAUAUUUAAUUACAUUUUAUUUUAAUAGUUUAUUGUCUAGUAAUAAUAUUCCAUUGAUGCGAAUUGUUCAGUCAGUCAGACAUUCAAAGAAAACACAAGGUUUAAAAGUUAUAAAGGAAGGUUGGUUAGUUCAUUUUACCAACAAAGAUGGUCAGGUAUAUUUUUAUUAUAAUUAUAUAAUUUUAUUUAUACAAUUUGUAAUUUGUAUGAAUUAUAUAUUAUGUAGAGGAAAUUACAUUAUUGGAGAUUAGAUUCAAAAACAAUUAUUUUAUAUUUAAAUGACAAAACAUCAAAAUAUUACAAGGAAAUUCCCUUGUCUGAAAUACUCUCAAUUGAUGAUGCAACGAUUCCACGAGAUUCUGGUAAGAAGUAUAGAUUAAAUAUCAAUAAUAAUAAAAAAAAAAAAUUGUAAAUUUAAUAUCUAUCAAACAAAAUUAGCAUUAUACAGUCUUAUAUUGUACCACAUUGUACAUCUCAGAUGUAUUGAUUUUGCUAUGAUGUGUGCUUUUUUGGGUCUGUUAACAACUCUUCUACCAGAAAUAUUUCUAAAAGCAAAUUGCAUUUAUUUGAUGCAUUGAGUAGGUUACUGUUUUACUUGCCAUUUUCUUAAUAAUUUAGAAAAAUAAGAAAGUAUGGGAUAGUAAGAUUAUCAUAAUGUUUGAUUUAGUUUUUUAUUUUAAUUCAGUUAAAAAAAAAUCAAGAAUGGUAAUUUAAUGGAAUACUAGACAUGAUAAAGUUUUAAUUAAUAAUUUAUACAUAAUCCGUGAUUAGAUUCAACCCUUUUAAUCACCUCAAAAUAGCUUUCGAGAAAAAAAUGUUAAAAUAUCAAAGAAUACCUCAUACAACAUUAAUUAUUAGUAUGUUCUUCAUAGUACAAAAUCUGUGGAAUGAUUUAGAUUUUAUCCCUUUUCACUUCAUAUGAAAGAAAGUACCACAAUCAUAUAUUGAGUACUUGCUGUAAGUAAAUGUAUGAAAGCACUCCUUUAAAAUGGAAACUGUGCCUCAUGUUUAAAUGUUUCUAUGUUAUCAUUUAUCAACUUUGUAUUCAAUUUUAAUGUUAUCAUGAUAUAAAUGCAAGAAAAUAUUUUUAUGAAUAUGAUCUAUUAUAAUUUACUUUUUAAUAUAAUUUUAGUUUUAUAAACAUGUUAUUUAAACCUUUUUUUUUUAUUGUUAUACAUUUUUUAUACUAUUAUUGCCAUCAGUCUCAUUGUAAAACUAUUACGACUUAAUAAAUAUACUAAUGUAUAAGAAUAAUAAAUGGAUUACUAAUAUGAAUAUUUUGGGUUAUUUUUUAGAAGACUAAUAGGUAGUUAAGAGUGACUUAAUAGUAAUUACAAUUGGUAGUAAAAGAUAGAUGUCAUAAUCAAAAUAAUUUUUAAUAUACAUUGUAUUUGUAAACAUAAAUCAAAUUUAACUAUUGUAAAACAAUAUUUUUAUAUUGCACAUUUAAAAAUUGUGUUAUUUUUUCUUUAGGUCCAAUGCAUUGUUUUGAACUUAAAACAACCAAUCUUGAAUUUUAUGUUGGUGGGGAAGAACCUAAUUCUUCUGUAGAGAUUAAAGUUGAAAAUACAAAAAACGUUUGGACCAAAGGGGAAAAAACCUGGAAAAUUGUAAUACAGCACGCUUUAAUGCCUGUACAAUCUAACCCUGCAAGUUAGUACAUAUAAAAAUAUAUACUUCCCUUAAGUUAUCAACUAUAUUUUUUUUUCUAAAAAAUUAUAAUUUUUUUAUUUAUGUAAUGUCUUAACUUGUUUGUUGUUUAGUGAUAGCCUUAAAAAGUAUUAAUGUUUGUGUGUUGAAAUAACUUUAAUGUAUUAUGUUUGUGUGUUAAUAAAACAGGUCUAAUAAAAUUAUGUUAAAAACAUAAAUAAAUAAGCCUAUAACAUAUUAAUAAUUAUUACCAAUUUUAUAUUGAAUUCAAACAUGUUGUAUUUAACUAGAAACUUUCAUUAAUAUAAUAUAUUAAUGUUAUCAAUUUAUUGCAUGUAGUUUAUAUAAAAGUAGCUUAAAUAUAAACAAAAUAAAUUAUUUUUCAAAUCUGAUAUAUUGAUUUAAUAAUAUAAAUUAUGAAUAAUACAGAUUUUUAUUAAACAUAUAAUUAGGUAGUCGUCCUUUUGUAGUUUUGAUUUUACCUAACCUAACCUUGGAUAGAUUAAAAAUACCAAAAACUACAAAAAGUUUAAUAUUGCAUGUCUCCUGUUCUAUCGUAUUUUUCCAAAUCUUGGAUUAUUAAUCUAAUUUUAAUAAAUAAAUAAUCUAAUAAAUUCUAAUAGAAAAGUGUCUCAUGCUUAAAUGUAUCUAUUUAAUCAUUUAUUAUACUCAAUUUUGAUGUCCAUUAUACUUAUAGAAGGAGAGAAAUUAUUUGUAUUAACAUUAUCUAUUACUAUUUACCUAUUAAAGCAUGAGUUUAGAAAUUGUUUUAAUUAUUUCUUUUUUAGGCUUAGAGUGAGAGCUUAUUUUUUCAUAUAUUUCCAAUAUAAGUUAUAGUCUAUCUCAGGGUAGCUUUUGGUUUGUUUAACUUGAUUUUUGUUUAUUUUCCUUCCAAGUAUAUAAUUUAGUUAAUUUCUAGUUCCAUCCUCUAGCAUAGUCCACCUAUAGCUUGUUUGCUUAAGCUAUGAGACAAUGUGUUUAUAAUAAUCAUGUUUUACUUUUUGCAGAUCUGACUUACUGCUGGGUAGCUUUUCUCCUCACUCCCUUAUGCGGUUAUAAUAUAUCUAACCGUUCAUAUGCUUACUGUAAAUAUCAUUACAGAUUGUAAUAAUAAACAUUUAAAAAAAAAAAAUUUUGCAGAACCCUAUAAGUCUUUCACUUCUCUGGAUUUUUUUACAUAGUUCAAAAGCACCUGACAUUCUUUUGCUCUUAGGUUUCUCCCAAAACUAUAUUCCAAUUUCCAAUAACUAUAAAAUUAUCAUUUCCCUUAAAUAGAUAUUUCUAUAACUUCAUAAAUUUGUUCAUACAUUUCACCAAUUUCAUUGUUUCCAUGAUUUGAAGGUGAUAUAUUUACUUGUAUGAUAAAAGUGUUUACAGGUUUUGAGUCAAAUUUAAUAGUUAUUAAUCUAAAGUUCCGUUGAUCUAUUCUAGUAACUUUUUUUAAAAUUGGACAUAUUAUCUUAUGAUCAUUCUCUACAAAAAUUAUUCUAUUUUCUCCUUAUCAGAAAUCAUCUUAUCCUGGUCAUUUUAAUUCACUUAUGCUUAAUAUAUCAGUACUAUAACACUGUAUUUCUAACUUAAGAUUGUUAAGAAUUGUACAUUCCAUAUUGUUGUUGUCUUUCUGAUUUUUAAUAGAAUAUUAGUGUUAGUCCCCACCACCCAGAGAUCCCAAUAGGAGAUUAUUCCACCUCCUGAAACAGAUUAUGAUUUCACCUUAUUAGUUAUUAAUAAUCUAUUUGGGUUAAAUGUUGAACUUUUUUAAGGUUUGAAAAUACAUGGAGCUAUAAAAGCUAAUAACCAAAUAUAUUUAUUGAUACCCAAUACAAUUAAUGCAUUUGUAAUAUAUUUAUGUUAACAUUUUGUUUAUUAAUUUUUAACUCCAUUUAAUAUAAUAUAGUAUUUCUUUAAACAUUUAGAAAUUCUUUUUAUCUUCUAAAGGCUUCUUCAAGUUUUUCUUCUUUUAGAUUAGCUCUUAAUCUUCUUUUAGUAAGCUUUAAUUGAUUAAAAGAUCUUUCAUAUUUGAUUUACCCCUCUCUUUCAGACACAAGUAGAGAAUAUUUUUCUAGACAUUUUGGUAUUUAUAACUCUAAUGUCAGAUUUACUGGAAAUUAAACUGGAGGAAUAGGAAAGGGUUAUAAAAGUCAUAAUGUCAUAUCCAUUUUAGAUUUUAAAAUUUUGUUUAUUUUUUUAUUUCUUUAUUUUUAUCUGUGAACAACUUUUCUACCAACAAUUUUGUUCCAGUUUACAAUGGUACAAUGGUAGAUUUUGUCUGAAAGGAAUUUUGACUAGGAAGAUACUUUAGAGAGAUUAUAAUCUCUACAGUCCGAUUUACUAUAGAAAAGUUGCUACACUUAAAAAUCAAACCAAGAUUUCUGGUAAAAAAGUUGAGCACAGAUAAAAAAAAAAAAAUUAACAUCUUUGUAAAACCAUAAGCUUCUUUGCUCCACUUAGGAUCUAAAAUUAAAAAUAGUGUUAAAUAAAAUUUAAUCAAUAUAAAUAAUGAUAAAAAAAAAAAAAAAAAAAAAAAAAAAAACAGAAAUUAAAUUCACUUAAAUCCUCUGAGAAAAAUGCAAAUUCAUGAUAAAAGAAUCAUCCUGUAUAUUUUAAGUACCUGUAUUAUUAUUUUCUAAACAUAAUAUAAUUUUAGUUAAAUUUUGAAACUUAAGGGCAUUUGAAAUUUUUAAUUUAUUUUGGAUUUAAUUUGUUUAUAAUAUAUAUACAUAAAAAUUAAUUAAUUCAUAAACUUAAAUCGCUGAUUAAUUAUAUGUCAACAAACUAAUAUAAUAAAAUAAUGAUUUAAUAUUCUAAUCACAACAUGUUGUUCCAAUAUUGUGUCAAAUAAUGUGUUGCAUAUUACUUAUAUUAUAAUCAUCUGAAAUAACCAUAUGAUGUAAAUAUUUGUGAAGAUGUACCUAUUUAACUUGUCUGUUAAUUAGUAAUUUAUUAUGGAUAGGUAUUUAAUACAUUUUUAACAUAAAAAAUAAUUAAAAUAAUACAAUAUUACAAUUUUUUUUUAGAAAAAAAAAUUAGUGUUUCAAAUAGAACAAGUCAUUUGCAUAUGUUUAUCCUUUAUGCUGUUUGAUGAAAAUAUAUUUUGGAAUAUUUGUAAGUUAUAUUUGUUUGAAUAAUGAAGGUGUUUUUUUUUUUAAAUUAUUAAAUUAAUUUACCUUUUAAUAUUAUAAUUUAGGUAUACUAAUAUAACAAUUCUUAGUUCUGAAAUCUACACAAUUUUAAUGUAAACACUUAGCACACAGACAUAAUAGAUGUAGUAAAAUUGUUCACAAGCUUAUAACAAUACACUGGACAAGUUAGGGCAUCAUAAUUAUUAAGUUAUAGAGUUGAAAUACUAAAUAUAAUCACUGUUUUGCAUUUGUUUAAUGUACACAUAUAAAUUAUUAUGUGAGAAUAAUGAUUGAUUUUUUUUUAAGUUAUUAAUUAAUAUAUGUAUAUGAUGUACAGCAUCACGGUCAGUUAUUGAAUCAACAAAUGAAUCACAAAUUACAGAUAUGAGCCUUUUAUAUCAAAUAUUCCCUGAGGAAAUAUUAGGAUCUGGUCAAUUUGGCAUUGUUUAUGGAGGUAUGAUUUGAAAAACUAAAUUCACUAAAUUCAGUUUUAACAAGAUAUAUAUUAAUUUUGUUUCAUUAUUUUAGGUAAACACAGAAAAUCUGGAAAAAUAGUGGCUAUUAAAGUUAUUGAUAAACUAAGAUUUCCUACAAAGCAAGAAGCUGCCUUAAAAAAUGAAGUAGCUAUUCUUGGAAAAUUGGAACAUCCUAGUGUAGUCAAUUUGGAUUGCAUGUUUGAGACAGCAGAGCGCAUUUUUGUUGUCAUGGAAAAAUUAAGUGGUGAUAUGUUAGAAAUGAUUCUAUCUAGUGAACGUAGACGGUUAUCUGAACGUAUUACUAAAUUUUUGAUAACUCAAGUAUGUUAUGACUCUUGACAAACCUAUAAUGUUAUACUAUUAUAUAUUAUUAUUUCUAUUGCUUUAUUAGAUAAACAUGAAUAAAUAUUGAAUAUGUAAUUAUAAAUCAAUAAAUUAUUAUUGUGAUCCAUAAAAAUGAUUAUUUUAAGUAAAUUUUGAUUUAUCUAAAAAUGGUCAUGGUUUUUAUAAAAAUAGCUGUGCUUUAAAAAUGUAUAUUAGAUUCUGAAUGAAGAGAAUCAUUCAGUUCACUGUUUUUUUUUUUUUUAUUUGUGAAUGUGUGUUAACAACUCUUCAAUUUGAAAUCUUGCUCCAAUGUAUAGUGUAGCAGUGUAGUACCUUACCUGACAGUUAAUUCUGUUUAGUUAGUGUAUUAGACAGGUCAUGUUUUUGAUUUUCCAAUGGGUUUUCAAAAUAAUUAGGAAAAUUGUAAACAUUUAUGGCAUGCACUGGUAUUACCAGUUUCACUGUUUUUAAUUUGUUUACAGGGUGUUUUCUACCAAAAAUUUGCUCUAAUUAAAAAACAACGGAAGAUCGAUUUUGUUCCUUUUAAUAUUUCAUUACUGUUAGAGAAAGUCAUAUUUGAUGUCUAAUUAUAACAAUGUCAUUAAUUAAAAUGUCUACAGUUUAUACCAUAAAUAGUGUUCUAGUAAAAGAAUUACAAAAGACUUUUGUUUCAUUUUUAAUCUAGUUGAGAACUAAGAAAAAUGUUUAAGCUAUUUAUAGACACUAUAAUUUUGAGAGUAUUUUUUGUAAUUUUUAUUUGGUAGGUACCUACUCUAUGGAUUAAAUUAUUAGACUAAACAAAAAUGUUUGAAAAUAUGACAGGAGGUUCAUUAUAAGUUGUACUAAGUAGUAAAAAAAAAUUGAAUGUGAUGUAGUUUUUUUUUUUUUUAGUUUUACCAUACAAUUUUGAUAAAAAUCGUAAAUAAUAUUAUAGCCUUUCAAAAUAUGUAUAACUUGAAAUAAUUAGUUAUUUAAUAUUUUAAUAUUAAUAAUUAAAGUGCAAUUACUUUUUUCUUAAAAUGUGUUUAGAUUUUAAUAGCAUUGAAACACUUACAUAGUAAAAAUAUAGUUCAUUGUGAUUUGAAACCUGAAAAUGUACUACUUAGUUCAAAUUCUGAUUUUCCACAAGUAAAAUUAUGUGAUUUUGGGUUCGCUCGGAUAAUAGGUGAAAAAUCAUUUCGAAGGUCAGUUGUUGGAACCCCCGCUUAUCUUGGUAAGUAUUAAUAAUUAUAUUAUUUAUAGUCUAAAAUAAUAUAUAAGUAUUUAAACACUUAAAUACUAUAUUAUAAUUUUAGCACCUGAGGUUUUACGAAAUAAAGGUUACAAUAGAUCUUUGGAUAUGUGGAGUGUAGGAGUGAUUAUAUAUGUUAGUUUAAGUGGGACAUUUCCUUUUAAUGAAGAUGAGGAUAUUAUAGAUCAGAUUCAAAAUGCAGCUUUUAUGUAUCCCAAAAAUCCAUGGAAAGAAAUUUCCCAAGAUGGUAUAUAUUUUUAAUUAGUCAUUUAAAAAUUAAAGUAAUAUUAAUAUCACUAUUCAUAUCAUACUUGUGGAAUAUAAUAAUGGUCAUAUUAAUUAUUUUCAGCCAUAGAUCUUAUAACUAAUUUAUUACAAGUGAAACAAAGAAAGAGAUUUACAGUAGAUAAAUCAUUGGCACAUGCAUGGUUACAGGUAAAUAUAUUACAGAUAACUGAAUGUUUUAGCAUUUUUAAGUAGUUUAUUCUUUAAACAUUAUUCCAAGUUUUUGAUAAUUAAAAACAAAUUUAAAAUUGACUUGGAAACUAAAACUUAAUAUCAGUAGAGGGCUUUAAUUAAGACAAUGGUUUUUUGGAAAUUAAUAAAUAUUACAAAAUAUAUUUAAGUAAUUGAUAUGUUUAGGAUUAUCAAACUUGGUGUGAUUUAAGAGAACUAGAAAAAUCAACAGGGGAUAGUACUCGAUUUUUGACACAUGAAUCUGAUGAUAUACGCUGGGAAAUGUAUCAAAAACAUUCAAGGUUUUUAUAAAUACAUUUAAUGAUGUUUAUUUAACUUUAUAUUUCUUCCAUUUUAAAACUAAUUGUAUUACUUUUUUAAAUUUAUUAUAUUUUACUUUAGAAACUACAAAUGUAUAAGAGAUCUUUUAGCAAAUAUGUCUUUUAAGUUUUUAUAUAUUUGUAUAAGGUUAUUGGAUUCUGGAAGUCCAAGUAAAAUUAAGAUUAGUUGUUUAAACAAAAAAUUUUUUUUUUAUUUAUUUCACAUUGUAGACAAAUGCCAUUUUUUCCCUCUUCUUUUCAGGUAUUGGGUUACAGCAAUUUAAAAUUAACAUUAUUUUUUUUUUUUUUUUAUUAAUAUAGUAUAUAAGAAUAAUAUAUGUAUUUUUUUAUUGUAUUAUUAUUUAAUUAUAAUUUUGUUUAGUUAAAUAUUUAUUAAACUAUGUAUAAACAUUGAUAUAUUAUUUCAUUAAUUACAAAUUUAUCUAAAAAACUAAAUAAUUUUAUUAGAAUGUUUUAACUUAAAAUUGAAUGAUUAAAAAUUAUUUAAUUAGUUAUAAAGAUUGUUCUUGUUUUUGACAUUGCUGAGACCAAAUAAUAAUGAUUCCUUGUACAUCACUUGUUGCUAAAAUAGUUUCAUUGUAGUUGAAUGAAACACCCAGUGUUAAACAGGCAUGCCCUUGUAGUUUAUUGAUAAAAUAAUUUGACUCUUUAUCUAUGUCUAUAAAAUAAAUGCAAGAAUCUUCACUAGUUGUAACUGCAAAAUGAAAAUUAAUAUUAUUUGUAAAUUGAAUAUAAAAUAAAAAUUAUAAUACAUACCAACACAUGCACCCUGUCGAAAUGACAUUAUUGGACAAAAUGCUGAACGCAAUACGUUUUUGCCAUGAGUAUGAGGAAUUAUAAAUUGUUUUUUUAAUGUCAAUGAAGAAUCAUCAUUUUCAGAAACUCUAAGUAUAAUAAAAUCAUUAUAUUUUGGUUUGUUAGUUUAACAUUAUUUUAUUCUACAAACUUAUAAAGAUAUAAUCGAUUAUUUCCACAAUUCGCUAAUAACAUUGGAUCUCUUGCCUUUCUGCUUAUCCAUGUUUUCCAACUUAGACAAGUAAUGGCACCACGAUUUGGUGAUGUUAUAACUCGAUGGCAUUUAGUAAGAUAACUAUUAUCACUGUUGUUUAAUUUUAGAGAUACAAUGUCACCCUAUACAUUUAGAAACAUUAGUAGGUAUUGUUAAUUUAUCAGAUAAUUUAGUUACCUAUAGCUAAUUAACAAUGUACUUUUUGUUUUUUUAAACAGAAAUAGUUUAAAAUUUUAAAAAGAAAAUAACUAAAAAAUAUUACUUUGUCAUUUCCAACCCAAAUUAUUUGUCCACUAUUGUUAACAGCUAGAGAUAAAAUUUCACCACCUAUUUUUACUUGGCCAUUUUUAGGAUACAUACCAGUUGAAACAUUUAAUACACACACAUAUCCUGCUUUGUUUCCUGUCUGAAUUGAUUAUUUAAAUUAUUAUACAACUACAUUUUUAAUAAUAAAUUUAAAAAUAACUUACUAUAAGAAUGUUAUUAUUGAUUGGAUUAAAUAUACAUGCCAAUACAGAUGAAUAAAAUAAAUCAUUGACACACCUUAAACAACAAUAUUGUUUAGAAUCCCAAAAACAAAUUGUUGCAUCAGUGGAACAACUUGCUAUUAAUUCAUCUGAUGUAGACCAAUCAAAUCC